AUGACGUCCGAGACAAGCUCCUCCUUCAGGGAAAAGGAUGGACCAACUCCACCUCAUACCGGAGAUGCAUCAACUCUCGACGAGUCUCCUAUGGCAUUCAUCGACCAAGUCGAUGUUGAGACCCUCACCAGAAUAGCCACUCAACGGUCUCGCCGACAAUCGACCCCUGGAACCACAGAUACCCUAGCAGUCCUCGCUGCACAGGAUCCAUCUCUCGACCCCCAAUCUGGAAAGUUCAAUUUGCAAAAAUGGCUCAAAGCGGCGUUCAACGAGCUCAACCGGGAUGGCUCCUCGGGACACACAUCAGACGUCGUUUUCAAACAACUCAAUGUAUAUGGAUCGGGCGCUGCGCUCCAGUUCCAAGAUACAGUCACAUCGACCCUGACUGCCCCUUUUCGGUUGCCCCAAAUCAUUCGUGAAUCACACUCUCCUCAAAGGCGAAUCCUCAAGGACUUCAAUGGCAUUUUGAAAAGUGGCGAGCUGUUGCUUGUGCUUGGUCGGCCAGGUGCCGGCUGUAGUACACUUCUGAAGUCCAUGACUGGAGAGCUGCAUGGUUUGAGUAUGGAUAAGGAGAGUGUCAUUCAUUACAAUGGAAUUUCUCAAUCUCGCAUGAUAAAAGAGUUCAAGGGUGAGCUAGUAUACAACCAAGAGGUUGACAGACACUUUCCGAACUUGACUGUCGGUCAGACUCUAGAGUUUGCAGCUGCAACACGAACUCCCGCCCAACGGUUCCAAGGCAUGUCGCGCACAGAAUUCGCCAAAUACAUGGCUCAGAUCAUCAUGGCUGUCUUUGGACUCAGUCACACAUAUAACACGCGCGUCGGAGAUGAUUUCAUCCGUGGUGUUUCGGGUGGUGAGCGAAAGCGUGUCAGUAUUGCAGAGAUGGCCCUGGCUCAUGCUCCAAUCGCUGCCUGGGACAACUCUACUCGAGGAUUGGAUUCCGCCACGGCAUUGAAGUUUGUCGAGGCUUUGCGACUGUCCUCGGAUAUCACUGGCUCGUGUCAUGCGGUCGCUGCUUAUCAGGCAAGUCAAAGCAUCUACGAUGUAUUUGACAAGGUGAUUGUACUUUACGAAGGCCACCAAAUCUUCUUUGGACCUGCUGCCGCAGCCAAGUCCUACUUUGAAAACCAAGGCUGGGAUUGUCCGACUCGACAGACCACUGGAGAUUUCCUCACUUCGAUUACAAAUCCUCAGGAGCGGCAAGCUAAGCCCGGCAUGGAGAAUCGUGUUCCCCGUACGCCUGAGGACUUUGAGGCCGCAUGGCUUAAGUCACCUGAAUACAAGCAAUUGAUGUUUGAAACUGCUGAAUAUGAAGGACAAAAUCCCGUUGGAAAUGAUGUGCAAGCCGUCGCUGAUCUCCAGCAAUGGAAGCGUGGCGCCCAGGCCAAACACACCCGGCCCAAGUCUCCAUACAUCAUCAGUGUUCCUAUGCAAAUCAAACUCAACACCAUUCGCGCCUAUCAACGACUCUGGAACGAUGCUGCCGCAACCAUCGCUACGGUGGGCACUAAUAUUAUCAUGGCUCUGAUCAUCGGAUCAGUCUUCUACGGGACUCCGGAUGCAACUGCAGGGUUUACGUCAAAAGGUGCAACUCUGUUCUUUGCCGUCCUUCUCAAUGCCCUCACAGCAAUGUCCGAAAUCAACAGUCUCUACUCACAACGGCCAAUUGUCGAAAAACAUGCCUCAUUUGCCUUUUAUCAUCCCGCCACGGAAGCCAUUGCUGGUGUGCUCAGUGAUAUACCAGUUAAGUUUGCAUUGGCUGUCGUGUUUAACAUCAUCCUAUACUUCCUGGCCGGUCUGAAACGAGAAGCAUCCAACUUCUUCCUCUACUUCCUCAUCACUCUCAUCAUCACGUUCGUCAUGAGUGCAGUCUUCCGCACAUUAGCCGCUGUCACCAAAACUAUCUCACAGGCAAUGGGUCUGGCAGGUGUCAUGAUUCUGAUCCUCGUUGUUUACACCGGUUUUGUCCUCCCUGUUCCGUCUAUGCAUCCUUGGUUCGAAUGGCUUCAUUAUCUCAAUCCGAUCUACUACGCCUUCGAGAUACUGAUUGCCAACGAGUUCCAUGGUCGCGAGUUCCCUUGCUCAUCAUAUGUUCCCGCAUACGCCGACCUAUCAGGCAAUGCAUUCAGUUGCACUGCGGCUGGUUCGGUCGCAGGAUCUAGAACAGUCAACGGUGACCGGUACAUUGAAUUGAACUACUCCUACAGCUACAGCCACGUCUGGCGAAACUUUGGUAUCCUGAUAGCCUUCUUGGUCGGUUUCAUGAUGAUCUACUUUGUCGCAACCGAGCUGAACUCCGCUACUACAAGUACCGCCGAAGCUCUGGUCUUCCGUCGCGGUCAUGAGCCUGCCCGUUUCCGCCAAGGCCACAAGUCUGGAUCCGAUGUUGAAAGCACCGAGCCAUCUAAAGCUCAGCCUGCUGCGGAUACAGACGACCAGGGAAUGGGUGCUAUCCAGGCUCAGACCGAUACCUUCACUUGGCGCGAUGUGUCCUAUGAUAUUGAGAUUAAGGGCGAGCCACGUCGUCUCUUGGAUAAUGUUUCUGGUUGGGUCAAGCCUGGAACCCUGACUGCACUCAUGGGUGUCAGUGGCGCUGGUAAGACGACCUUGCUUGAUGUACUGGCACACCGCACAUCGAUGGGUGUUAUCACUGGUGAUAUGUUUGUCAAUGGUCGUGAAUUGGAUCAGAGUUUCCAGAGGAAGACAGGUUAUGUUCAGCAGCAGGAUCUUCACCUCGAUACUGCUACUGUGCGUGAGUCUCUGCGAUUCAGUGCUAUGUUGCGUCAGCCAGCCUCUGUCUCGACUAAGGAGAAGCACGACUAUGUCGAGGAUGUGAUCAGAAUGUUGAAGAUGGAGGAGUUUGCCGAAGCCAUUGUUGGUGUCCCUGGUGAGGGUCUGAACGUCGAACAGCGCAAGUUGUUGACUAUCGGCGUCGAAUUGGCCGCCAAACCCAAGCUGCUUCUCUUUUUGGAUGAGCCUACCAGUGGUCUCGACUCUCAGAGCUCUUGGGCUAUUUGUUCAUUCCUUCGCAAGCUUGCCGAGCACGGCCAAGCAGUUCUUUGCACAAUCCAUCAACCUAGCGCUAUGCUCUUCCAACAAUUCGAUCAGCUACUGUUCCUUGCCCGAGGCGGUAAGACUGUGUACUUUGGUCCGGUCGGAGACAACUCUAGCACAAUGCUCGAGUACUUCGAAGCCAACGGUGCGCGUAAGUGUGAGGACAGCGAGAACCCAGCUGAAUACAUGCUGGGCAUUGUCAACGCUGGUCAGAAUAACAAGGGCCAGGACUGGUUCGACGUGUGGAAGCAGAGCAAUGAAAGCAAGCAGGUCCAGACUGAACUCGAGCGAAUUCAUAAAGAAAAGGAAAAUGAACCCCCGGCCACCGAUGAUUCAACACAAAGUCACUCUGAAUUCGCCAUGCCGUUCUGGUUCCAAAUGACCCAGGUCACAUCCCGCGUGUUCCAGCAAUACUGGCGCAUGCCAUCCUACAUUCUGGCGAAAUGGGGACUUGGAAUUGUCUCUGGUCUGUUCAUUGGUUUCUCUUUCUACGGUGCCAAAACGUCGCUGCAAGGCAUGCAGACCGUCAUCUACUCUCUCUUCAUGAUUUGUACAAUCUUCUCAUCAUUGGCGCAACAGAUCAUGCCCGUGUUCGUCAGCCAGCGAUCGCUCUACGAGGGACGUGAACGUCCCAGCAAAUCCUACUCCUGGAAAGCUUUCCUCAUCGCAAACAUCAUUGUUGAGGUCCCCUUCAUGGUCGUCAUGGGUAUAUUGACCUACGGCUCCUACUUCUAUGCUGUCGUUGGAAUCCCCGAUUCGCUGACCCAGGGAACCGUCCUCCUGUUCUGCAUUGUCUUCUUCAUCUACGCCAGCACCUUCACCCACAUGGUCAUUGCUGGUCUACCAGACGAAACAACCGCCAGUGCAGUAGUCGUUCUUCUCUUCGCGAUGUCUCUUACGUUCUGCGGUGUGAUGCAGCCCCCAUCUGCUCUUCCCGGCUUCUGGAUCUUCAUGUACCGUGUCUCGCCAUUUACAUACUGGAUCGGCGGCAUGGCUGGCACACAGCUUCACAAUCGCCAGGUGGUAUGCUCGACCGCCGAACUAUCCAUCUUCGAUCCGCCCUCGGGCCAGACUUGCGGACAGUACCUCAUGAAAUAUGUCACCGCCGCUGGCGGUCAGUUGAUGAAUCCCGAGGCUACGAGCGAUUGCAGUUACUGCUCUCUCCAAGUUGCGGAUCAGUACCUGGGCACGGCCGGUAUCUUCUAUUCUGAAAGGUGGCGCAACUUCGGUAUCAUGUGGGCAUUCAUUGCUUUCAAUAUUUUCGUCGCUACUAUCAUGUACUAUCUUGUCCGCGUGAAGCGGUGGAGCAGUGCGGAUAUAAAGGAAUCAGUCAACAAACUCAUUCCUGGGAAGAAAUCGAAGGGUGGCAACUAA